AUGAAGUUCACUGCUGCUACCAUUACUGCCGUCGUGGCCACUGGUGCCUUUGCCCAGCCCGAGUUUACCAACAGCGAAAUCAACCCUCAGGAGGGCCAGCCCUUUACCCUCAGGUUCAAUGGCUGCGAUAAUGGCUGCACCAUCAGUCUUCAGACCGGCCCCAGCCCCAUGUCUCUCUCGGACAUUCACACUUUGACCACUGAUGCUACUGUUGGCUCUUUUGAUGUCACCCUUAGCGGCCUCGACACAGGCAUCUACAACUUCAAGAUUGCCGACAACAGCGACGGCUCGUGCAAUUACAGCAUUCCGUUCUUCUACGUCGGCGCCAAAGUCACCUCAUCCGACUCCUCUGGCGGUCCCUCGACUACUCAUGUAUAUGACGCUUCGUCCACCUGUUGCUCCAAUCCCGACUCGACCGCUGCCACACACAUCUCUCCUACUGCCUUCGUCAGCUCCACCCGCUCUUCUCAACCAAGCAGCACCGCCUAUGCUGAAGCUAGCAGCGCUGUACCUCACAAAGCUGGUGCCGCCGCUGGCUUUUCUCCCUUUGGCGCCAUAGGUGCUGGUGUUGCUGGUCUACUCCUUGUGGGCAACUGGGCUAGAAGGUUGCAACAAAAGCUACUGGAAAAUGAUGAUUAUCAUUGGCUAUUUUACGUCGGCCAUGCUCGACACACACACACCCCCUCGCGCCGCCGCGCCGAAACACACACGACAAUGGCGACGACGGAAACGACCACGGCCGCGACCGUCUCCGGGGGCCCUGCCGCCACGGUGCUCAACCACACAGUCAAGCCCUACAGCUUUACCUUUUCGCCCUUUCUGCGCGAGGCGUACCAGGUCGGCCUGCCGGCCGACCGACCCAUCUGCAAGGCGUACCAGACGGGCAGCUGCCCCAACGGGACGCGCUGCACGGAGCGGCACGUCACCGACGGGCGGACGCCGUCGUCGUCGUCGCACCCGACGGGCGGGCUCAACUCGCUCGUCUGCAAGCACUGGCUGCGGGGCCUGUGCAAAAAGGGCAUCCCCUGCGAGUUUCUGCACGAGUACAACCUGCGCCGCAUGCCCGAGUGCAACUUUUUCAUGCGCAACGGCUACUGCUCCAACGGCGAGGAGUGCCUGUACCUGCACGUCGACCCGCUGUCCAAGCUGCCGCCGUGUCCGCACUACGACAUGGGCUUUUGCCCGCUGGGCCCCGUCUGCGCGAAAAAACACGUCCGUCGCAGGCUCUGCCCGCUGUACCUCGCCGGGUUCUGUCCAGAGGGGCCCGAGUGCCGCCGCGGGUCGCACCCCAAGUGGUCGACGACGCUGGAGCGGCCGACGGUGAAGCCGGAGCCCAAGACGGAGGAGGAGCUGCGCGCGGAGAUGGAGCUGCUGCAGCAGCAGCACCAGGCGCAGUUUGGGCACGACGACGGCGAUAGGCAGAGGGACAACAAGGAUGACCGCUUUGGUGGUCGUCAUGGUGGAAGAGGUGGUGGGAGGGGUGGCUGGAGAGGACGAGGCGGCGGUCGUGGUCACUUUAGAGGUAGAGGCGGGUAUUGA